AUCUUACAUUAACAGGAAAAGCAUGGUUCCAAAAUGGCCUUCUUAGAUGGUAACCCUCCUGAGAGGCUAUGCAUGCCAAUUGUUGAUCACAUUCAGUCAUUGGGUGGUGAAGUCCAACUAAAUUCACGUAUACAAAAAGUUGAACUGAACUGUGACGGAACCGUGAAACACUUUGUGCUCACCAAUGGAAAUAUUAUCAGUGGCGGUGUUUAUGUUAUUGCCACUCCUGUUGAUAUCUUGAAGCUUCUUUUGCCUCAAGAGUGGAGGGAAAUUUCAUACUUUAAGAAGCUGGACAAAUUAGUGGGAGUUCCGGUGAUUAAUGUUCAUAUAUGGUUUGACAGGAAACUAAAGAACAAUUAUGAUCAUCUUCUUUCCAGCAGGUCAUGCUCAAAUUAUUCCAUCAAGAUUUAUUUUUUUUUUAAAAAAUAGCAAUCCCGACGCUUU